UCUGCCUUCUUUUUCUUUGCCUUUUGAGCUUCACGCUUUUGCUUUCUGCUGAGCACUCUGGUCACGUCUCUUCUCGCUGCGGCAUCUGCCACGCACGACAUUAAAACCACCACAGUGCCGCCGCUGUUUCUGUAAUCUCGACAUAUCGGAGUCGGGCAUACACCCACUGACGCAAUCGAACCAGCUCUUCUCGCAGAACCUCCCGCUGUCGAGACGUCAUCGGCUCGUCGCCCCCAUUGACUCACAUCGCACCCAACAGUAAUUGAGCCAGCAUCACAGCAUAACCUUGCAUCGCCGAAUAGAGCUGUCUUAUUUUUGAAAAUGGUCAGCUUCAACGCGCAGCAGGUGCUGCUGCGUACCGGAUCCUUCACUGGGUACCGACCGAUGGAGGACCUCGGGAGUCACUACCUCGAGGCCACCUCCAAGCACAGCCAGCCUCUUUGUGGCAAUGCUGAGGGUUGGGGUCCCCUGAGCCCUUCUCGCUUCGACUUCACGCCUUGCUUCAUUGACGUGUGGGUUGCAAGUGUUGCUGCUCUCGGCCUCGUGCUUGGUCCCAUCUCGCUCUUUUACCUUUUGAAGAAGAAGGAGGUCUUGAUCCACCAGGCUAGAAACAGCCACUUUUGGAUUAAACAGACCGUCUUCGCCGCCCUCAUUGUCGAUACCCUCAUCCAGCUCGUCAUUCAAAUCAUCAGCUACCCCAAGAUCUGGACUGGCGAUUUCCGAGUCUACACUACGGUUUUACUGCUUCUUUCCAUGGGCGUCAUCUUUACGCUCCAAUGGGUUGAGCAGAGCAGACUUCGAUUUGCCAACGGUGUCGCCCUCUUCUACUGGCUUCUUCUGCUCAUCUCCUUCACGGUCAAGCUGCGCUCUCUCAUCUCACAGCAGCUCUACUCCAAGAACCUUGCAUACUUUGUCACCUUUUGCAUUGGUCUUGGUCUUGCUGGUGUCGAGUUUUUUGUUGAGUGGUUGUGGCCUCGCAACACCUCCACCGACGGCUACGAAGCCAUUGAAGAAGAGGAGGAAUGCCCCGUUGAAUAUGCCGACGUCUUUUCUCGCCUGACUUUCUCCUGGAUGACGCCCAUGAUGGCCCGUGGCUACAAGAUCUUCUUGACGGAAACCGAUCUCUGGGGUCUUGCCAAGAUCGACCAGACCAAGAACACUGGCGAGGCCUUCGAGAGCGCUUGGCAAUACGAGCUCAAGGCUCGCCCUAACAAGCCAAACUUGUGGAUUGCCAUGCUCCGUGCUUACGGUGGCCCAUACGCUAUUGCUGCCAUUUACAAGAUCUUUAACGAUCUCAUUCAAUACGUCCAACCUCAGUUGCUUCGCUACAUCAUUCGAUUCGUCGAAUCCUACGAUCCGAGGGUCUCCGAUACUCCUGAUCCUGUCGUCAAGGGUGCUGCCCUUACCUUGGCCAUGUUUGCCUGUGGUGUCUUCCAGACAACCAUGGUACAUCAAUAUUUCCAACUUUCCUUCGAGACUGGUAUGCGCAUCAAGGGUGGCCUCGGUGCCAGCAUUUACCGCAAGGCACUCCGACUCUCUAACGAAGGUCGAUCGACAAAAAGUACUGGCGAUAUCGUCAAUUACAUGGCUGUCGACGCCCAGAGACUCCAGGAUGUUACCCAGUUUGCUCAACAGGCCUGGUCUGCUCCCCUCCAAAUCAUCAUCUGCAUGAUUUCUCUCUACAACUUGGUCGGAUGGUCCAUGAUGGCUGGUAUUGCUGUCAUGAUUAUUACCAUGCCCGUUCAGGGAUACGUUUCGCGUUUGAUGAGAAACUUGCAAAAGGAUCAGAUGAAGAACAAGGACGCCAGAAGCCGUUUAAUCAACGAAAUCGUCAACAACAUGAAGAGCAUCAAGCUCUACGCAUGGGGUUCUGCUUUCAUGAACAAGCUCAACUAUGUCCGCAACGAGCAGGAGCUCAAGAACCUUCGCCGCAUUGGUGCUACCCAGGCUGUUGCUAACUUCACCUGGACUACCGCCCCGUUCUUUGUCUCAUGCUCUACCUUUGCCGUCUUCGUCUUCACUCAGGAUCGCCCUCUGACUGUUGAAAUCGUGGUCCCCGCCCUCGCACUCUUUAACCUGUUGACAUUCCCUCUUGCCGUUCUUCCCAUGGUUAUUGCCGCUCUCGUCGAAGCGUCCGUUGCCGUUGACCGUAUUACUGAUUUCUUCAAGGCUGAAGAGCUGCAAUCUGAUGCCGUCAUUGUUAAACCUGCCCCCCAGGAACUUGGUGAGGAGACGGUUGUUAUCAAGGAUGGUACCUUCUCCUGGAACCGUCAUGAACCCAAGGUUGCCCUGAAGGACAUCAACUUCACUGCCUACAAGGGUGAACUCUCGUGCAUUGUUGGCCGUGUCGGAGCCGGAAAGUCUUCCUUCCUUCAGAGCAUACUCGGUGAUCUCUACAAGGCGAAGGGUAUGACUGAGGUCUCUGGUACCGUCGCGUACGCGGCUCAGCAGACCUGGGUCUUGAACGCUACUGUCAAGGAAAAUAUCGUGUUCGGUUAUCGCUUCGACCCUGAAUUCUACGACAAGACUGUCAAGGCCUGCGCCCUGCUCGAUGAUUUUGCUCAGCUUCCUGAUGGUGACGAGACUGUCGUCGGUGAGCGUGGUAUUUCACUCUCUGGUGGCCAAAAAGCACGUGUCUCACUUGCCCGUGCCGUCUAUGCUCGUGCCGAUAUUUACCUACUCGAUGAUGUUUUGUCUGCGGUUGACUCUCACGUCGGCCGUCAUAUUAUCGACAAUGUCCUCGGUCCCCGUGGUCUCCUCAACACCAAGACUCGUAUCCUUGCCACCAACGCCAUCUCCGUCCUCAGCCAUGCCAGCUACAUCACCAUGCUGAAGGAUGGUGAGAUCAAGGAGCGCGGAACCUUUAGCGAACUCAAGAACAACAAGGGCCUCGUUGCUGAAUUGCUCCGCACUUCUGGUCACGACGGCAACGGAUCUAGCUCUGCCUCUGCCUCUGCUAGCGGCCGUAACAGCCCCGUCCGUAGCGAGACCUCUACUGUUGUUGGAAGCGAAGCUGCCCGCAACAAGGAAGAGCUUGCUGAAGCCGAAGAAAACGUCCCCGAACUCGUACCCAUCAAGGCAGGUGCUACUGGCAACAAGCCGCGCACAAGCAGUAUGGCUACUCUCCGUCGCGCCAGCACUGCCAGUUUCCGUGGUCCCCGUGGCAAGCUGACUGACGAGGAGGUCACCAGCAGCCGCACCAAGCAGAAGGGCGAAUUUGUCGAGCAAGGAAAGGUCAAAUGGUCUGUCUAUGGUGAAUACGCCAAGAUGAACAACCUCUACGCCGUUGGUGUUUACUUUGCCUGCUUGCUCUUCUCUCAAACCGCUAGUGUUGGUAGCGCCGCAUGGCUUACCCGAUGGGCGUAUGCCAACUCUGAAGUCGGCCUGAAUGAGAAUAUUGGCUGGUACUUGGGCAUCUACUUUGCUCUUGGCAUUGGCGCAUCCCUCUUGACCAUGAUCCAGACACUUGUUCUUUGGAUCUUCUGCUCCAUUGAAGCUUCUCGCAAGCUCCACGAGCGCAUGGCCACUGCCAUCUUCCGCUCCCCCAUGUCCUUCUUCGAUACCACCCCCACUGGCCGUAUUCUCAACCGUUUCUCUAGUGACGUGUACAAACUUGACGAAAUCCUCGCCCGCGUCUUCAACAUGCUGUUCAACAAUGUCGCCAGAUCUGGAUUCACCCUUGCUGUCAUCUCGUACACCACUCCCCCUUUUAUGGCCCUCAUUAUUCCUCUCGGCUUGACCUAUUACUGGGUUCAGCGCUACUACCUGCGCACUUCUCGUGAGCUUAAGCGUCUCGACAGCGUCACUCGCAGUCCUGUCUACGCUCACUUCCAGGAGUCUCUUGGUGGUGUCAGCACUAUCCGCGCGUACCGCCAGCAGGAGCGCUUCCGUCUUGAAAACGAGUGGCGUCUCGAUGCCAACCUCAAGGCUUACUUCCCGUCUGUCAGCGCCAACCGCUGGCUUGCUGUCCGUCUCGAGUUUAUUGGUUCGCUUGUCAUCCUCGCCGCCGCCGGUUUCGCUGUUCUUGCUUGUGCCCAAGGCAAGCUGAGCUAUCCUGGAGCCUCUGCCGCCGUUGGUUUGUCUCUCUCGUAUGCCUUGACUGUCACGGGCUCGCUCAACUGGAUUGUCCGCCAAACCGUCGAGGUCGAGACCAAUAUUGUGUCUGUCGAGCGUGUUCUUGAGUACGCCCGCCUCCCCAGCGAAGCCCCCGAGAUCAUCCCUAACAACCGCCCUGCUGUCUCGUGGCCAGCUCACGGUGCUGUUGAGUUCUCCGACUACAGCACGCGCUACCGCGAGGGUCUUGACCUUGUUCUCAAGAACAUCAACGUUGCCAUCAAGGCCCAUGAGAAGAUUGGUGUUGUUGGCCGAACCGGCGCCGGCAAGUCAUCUUUGACGCUCGCUCUGUUCCGCCUCAUCGAGCCGGCUGAAGGUCAUAUUGGCAUUGAUGAUGUCAACACCUCUAACAUUGGUCUCCUCGACUUGCGCCGCAGACUUGCCAUCAUCCCCCAAGAUGCCGCCUUGUUCGAAGGCACUGUCCGCGAUAACCUUGAUCCUGGCCAUGUCCACGAUGACACUGAGCUCUGGAGUGUCCUUGAACACGCCCGUCUCAAGGACCACGUCGUCAGCAUGGACGGCGGCCUCGAAGCCAAGAUCAACGAGGGCGGCUCCAACCUGUCGCAGGGUCAGCGCCAGCUCAUCUCGCUCGCUCGUGCCAUGCUUACACCGUCCAACAUCCUUGUUCUGGAUGAGGCUACAGCCGCUGUAGACGUUGAGACAGACGCCAUGCUUCAGACCACGCUGCGCUCUCCGCUCUUCUCCAACCGCACCAUCAUCACCGUCGCCCAUCGCCUCAACACCAUCCUUGACAGCGACAGAGUCAUUGUUCUCGACAAGGGCGAGGUCAUUGAGUUUGAUACGCCUGCCAACUUGUUCAAGAAGGAGGGCGGCUCUUUCCAGUCCCUCAUGAAGCAAGCUGGUCUGGAGAUUGAAGACGAAGCUAAAGAGUAAAGAGAAGGAUUUACAGAAAAAGGAAAAGUUGUCAUAGCCUAUUUGUAUUUGGAUCCAACUACAUAUAUUGUUUUUGUUUAAUUAAACAUUGUUUUUGUCGUUUUAUAUAAUGCCGAGUUAUAUAGCCGAUGUACUGUUGUAUUUCUUGACCAGCCUUUCUUCUCAGAGAUAGCACGUAUCUACACAGCAUCGAUAGCUGUAAUAUAAAACUUCUUACUUUC